AUGCUGAAUGGACUUCUAUACCCAGAUGGCUACCGUAGAUUUCUCAUACAGGCAUUUUCUUAUUUGCAGAAUGACUUGGGCGAGUUUUACUAUCAUAUGCUAGAGCCUGCGAUUGAAUCCAUAAAUAUAAAAGAGUUUUCGGUCGUCGAUAAACAAAAUCAUGUCGAAGGUAGCCCUCAUUAUGACGAAUCAGCUGGACAGCAUCACAGAACAGCUCCUGAUGAGAUGCCAAAAGAAACCAGAUAUAUCAUUAGCUCUGGAAGAGCAUCAAUCCGCAAACCAGGUCGAGAAUCUUUCAAGCAACGGAUAAACAAUUCUUUUGCCAUUUUAUUGGAGGAUGAGCAGCUUAAGAACGAUGCCUCCGCUGCCUUAGAUCGCGCUAACAAAGAAUACUGGGUCAAUUUGUACAUAACGAUAUAUAAUUUUUUGGUAGAAAAUAGUCAGAAUGAACGGGAAACGAAAUUGGAAUAUGCCGAAAAUAUCACGGAUUCAGAGAUUUAUAAAAAUGAUCCAUUAGCAAUAUACACAAAUACUGCCAAGGGACCAAAAGGUUAG